UGCCCCAUGCUGUGGUAUUCAGUAUCCAGUUUUCCCUGAAGUGAAACUAUAUCACGAAAGAUUUUAGUGUUUAUAAACGCUUACAAAAAGCUCCAAACCAUGAAGCUUUUUCAGAUUCUCUGUGUCGUGAUGGUGAGUAUGCCACUUGUCGUAACCAGUGCCCCGUCGUGCCAACAAACAGACAAAAAAAGUGGAUCUCCAGGUUUGGAUGAGCUAAACCCUAAAUCUUUGGAGCAAGAACUUAGAUGUUUGCAAUCCAGUGUAGCAGCACUGAAAAAUGCUUUGGUCUUCAAUAAAGGGACAAGCAGCGGUAACAAAAUUUAUCUUACAAAUGGCCAGACAGCUACUUACAAUGAGGGAUACACAAUUUGUGCCAAGGCAGGAGGACAGUUGCCUUCCCCACAAAUUACAGAAGAGAAUGAAGCUAUAUUGACCCUUGCUUUGCAGAACAAGAUGGAUCCAUUCCUUGGUAUUAAUGACAUUGGGGAUGAAGGAACAUUUAGAUAUCCAAAUGGAGAGGAAAUAAACUAUUCAAACUGGUCACCUGGUGAACCCAAUGAUGAGUUUGGGGUUGAGGAUUGUGUUGAAAUGUUUAAUAAUGGGAAGUGGAAUGAUAAGAAUUGUGAAGAAAAACGACUUAUCAUUUGUGAAUUUUCUUAAAAUGUAUAUACUUUUAUUAUUUGUUUUUCCCACCCAGACAUGUUUAGUUUAAAAUAAAUAAUGUAAUUGAAGUAAUUGAAUAAAGUAAACAUGUUGU